CGCCGGAGUCCGGGCAGUGUGCGCGCUGCGCGGGGGAGUAAUUCACAGCAAAUCUUUUAAUUAAACAUGGAAUACGGAAAACAAAAAACUUCAGUUGGUGCUUUAGUCUCUUCUGAAAUUCUACAGGCAUAUAUCUUAUAAGCAGUAUAUGGCAGAAUUUUAACCCAAUCUGAGAGUCUCUGUUUUUUAGUAGAAAUUGCAAGCAUUAUUUUUUACUUCUACUUGCUACUGGAUAUUCAGCCAGUGAAAUUGAAGGUCUUUCACUCAGAAGAAAUAAAUCAAGAAGAAGAACCCGAGUCUCGUGUGCUCCUGAGCUGCCGUGAAUGGCCCUGGCACUCCUGACCACCCUUCCGAGUAGGAUGUCGCUGAGAUCCUUGAAGUGGAGCCUCCUGCUGCUGUCGCUCCUGAGUUUCCUGGUGAUAUGGUACCUCAGUCUUCCCCAGUACAAUGUGAUAGAACGUGUGAACUGGAUGUACUUCUAUGAGUAUGAGCCCAUUUACAGACAAGACUUCCACUUCACACUUCGAGAGCAUUCAAACUGCUCUCAUCAAAACCCAUUUCUUGUCAUCCUGGUGACCUCACACCCCUCAGAUGUGAAAGCCAGACAGGCCAUUAGAGUUACUUGGGGUGAAAAGAAGUCUUGGUGGGGAUAUGAGGUUCUUACAUUUUUCUUGUUAGGCCAGCAGGCUGAAAGGGAAGACAAAGUGCUAGCACUAUCCUUAGAGGAUGAACACCUCCUUUAUGGUGACAUAAUACGACAAGAUUUUUUAGACACAUACAAUAACCUGACCUUGAAAACAAUCAUGGCAUUUAGGUGGGUAACUGAGUUUUGUCCCAAUGCCAGGUAUAUCAUGAAGACAGACACGGAUGUUUUCAUCAAUACUGGCAAUUUAGUGAAGUAUCUUUUAAAUUUAAACCACUCAGAAAAGUUUUUCACAGGUUAUCCUCUAAUUGAUAAUUAUUCUUAUAGAGGAUUUUACCAAAAAACCCAUAUUUCAUACCAGGAGUAUCCCUUCAAGGUGUUUCCUCCCUACUGCAGUGGGUUGGGUUAUAUAAUGUCCAGAGAUUUGGUGCCAAGAAUCUAUGAAAUGAUGAGUCAUGUAAAACCCAUCAAGUUUGAAGACGUUUAUGUUGGGAUCUGUUUGAAUUUAUUAAAAGUGGACAUUCAUAUUCCAGAAGACACCAACCUUUUCUUUUUAUAUAGGAUCCAUUUGGAUGUCUGUCAACUCAGACGCGUGAUUGCAGCCCAUGGCUUUUCUUCCAAGGAAAUUAUCACAUUUUGGCAGGUUAUGUUAAGGAAUACCACAUGCCAUUAUUAAUUUGACAUUCUACCCAAAGCCUAGAGAAGGGAAGGAUACUUUGUGGAAAGUGUUAAAGUUAGACUGAAAUCUUCAAUGAGAAACUCAUGGGAAGGUCACUGUGUGGCUUACACGGAACUGUAACUCAUGAAGAGCCCAUAGUCUGGAGACUGGAGGGUUGCACUUGACCUGUGGUUUAUUUUGACAGCAAUCAAGUCAGGCCUUUUAAAGAUGAUAUUCGGGGGAAUUAAACAUCUUAUAAAGGAAUGGGAGGUUUUUGUUAAUAACACUUACAGGACCAAACAAUUUGAACAUGUCAUUCUAUAGAUUAGAACUUCUUAAAUGGGUUUCAUUGAAUUAUAAGCUCAUUUGUCCAUAAAAACAAAGCAGUGUGGAGUAUUAUUCAUUGAACAAUCUCGUCAGUUCAGGGUUUUGUGUAUAUUUUACAUGGAUUACCAGCUUUUUAAAAUAUAUAGUUCUGUGUAAAAAAACUGAAGUUAUACCAAACAAAAUUUCAUCCAUUUUUGGUCAUUCGGAACAUACUUCAGGAUGUUGCAGUAUUUCAGAGUUAUCAAUUAUUACUUAAUAUUACUUAGAGUUUUGUACUUUAUGGGUGUUUGAAUGUUAUGGUUGUUUCAAUACUGUAUAAACAGAAUAGUGAAAAUGACUCUUUAUAUUUAAACUUCUUUUCCAGUUACUUCACUGAUGAAUUUGUUAUGAAUAGCUCCAUUAAUGUGUAGUCAUUGGCCAUUACUGCAUUUCGGUAAUCUCUUGGACUUUGAUAAAUAUUUCGUCAUGGUAAUAUAGAGGAGAAUAAAAGCAAGAAGAUCUGAAUUAUUGUCUUGUUUUUAAAAAUAUAAUCCUGGUGUUUUUAGAUGUCACUUCAUCUAUCUCAUUUUUUCACCUGGAAAUUAGGAGUAAUAUAGAACACCAGCCAGCAUGUUUCCUUUGGAAAGGACUCUGAAGCCAAAGAGAAAAGAGAGAAUGUGAUGGCCAGAAUAUUAUGAAAGGAGUGUCAUAUUUCAGUGCUUGAGUUGGAAAGAAAAGACUAAAGAUUUGAGUUGCAUUGUUAACUGCUCCAUGUUCUUUUCAUUAACAAUCAGUUUGAGAAUAAAAAGAAAAAACUAAAACCCUGCUGCUAUUGUUAUUAGUUUCACAUUGAGAGGAAAGCCCUAGUAUGUGGUCUAAAAUUGUCUGAUUUCCAUGUCGUAGAGAAGCACAUUUUUUCAUAGGAGUGGUGAUGUAGGUCAUCUUUGACUGCUAGUUGGUCCAAGAGGAGCACUCCUUGCCCCCAUAUUCUUGGGACUGUGCAAUUGCCCAUUGUGCCUGAUAUGGGACAAGUGAUGCCUUUUUUCUGGAUUACAUGAUGGCGAAAGAUCAAAUCUGUGGGCAGGAAAUAUGAACUUGAAAGUAUGUAGUCAGCUCUUGUAAUACUCAUAUAUUUAUAAUUCUCCUAUAAGAAAAGCUUAAUUUCAUUUAAAACCAUUAUAAUGUUUGAUUCUCUAUAGCAAGGCUAUUUCCGUUUCCCUCUUCUCAAAUCUGAUCCAGUUACAAUAAAGUCAAUGAAACGAAA